AUGGAUUUUCUUCUAGUGAUUGACUCAUUGAUGACAGCAUCUAGCAUACCCAAUGAAACCUCUGCUUCCUUCUGUAUCAUAGUCUCUUCACUAUUAGAUUAUAUACUAAACGAUACAGCAUAUAUCUUCAAUACUUUGAUAACUAACGUUUUGGAAUACAGAAUCUAUACAAUCCACAGAUCAGAUUUUGAUAGUAAUGUGUUAGUGUAUGCAAUUUAUCUUACUGGUAUAUUGUUCCUUUUAUUAAGUCUAGUUGACUUUCUUAAAUAUAAUAUUACUCUCAAUAUAGAUGAGGAGUUCCAGGAAAAUCUGAGUAUCAAAAUCAACACUAUUGGCUUAGCGUUUCACGAUAACCCCAUUGAACAAUUGUCCUGGAUGGCAGAGAAAUAUAUCUCGUGUAAGAUUUCUAACCCCUCAAUUUUUCGAUUACAUUUAAAGCUGAGAUGCCUAAAGGGUCCGAUCUACAAGCAGAAACAUCGCUGUUUGUCCUUACACAUAUUGAAAUCCUCUGCUAAGUUUCACUCUACUAUUUAA